UGUGCAAAAUUUAUUUCCUUGCAAUUUUCCAUCUUUUUAGCUCAUUAUUUCCUUAAUGCAUAUCUUUUUUGAUUGAUUAUGUUAUCGAGAGGAACGAAGGAACUUCUAAGUAACGUCAUAAGACAUACUGAUGCCCAUAACAAGGUUAUUGAAGUGACUGAUAUGUGGAAAGCUCGUGAAAGGGAGGCGGGCUCGCCUGACGAUGACCAAGGAUCAAGGAUGCGUUCCAGCGUUGUGCAAAGAAUUGGGAAUAAUAAACCCUCGCGGCAGGUGUGGAGCAAUAGGCCUGCUCCGAACCAAUGGAGUGACAGAGAUAGGGACCGUGGGCAGAGAGAUAGGCCUCAGGGUCUGAAUGAUCGGCCACCAAGAUGGAGGUCGCGCUCAAGGUCGCCUGACUGGAAUCGUAUGCAUUCUCGCGUGAAGGAAGUCCCCAAAGCUCACAUGGAUCGUGAACCAAACGAAACAUUUUGGCAGAAAAAGCUCAUGGAGGCAGAAGAUAACAAUCCUGAUAAAUGGGGUCACAGCGGAUUCCAGGAACUCUAUCCCGAUGAAUUUUCUGAUGGCUCCAGACCACCUGAUGCCAGAUCUCACAGGGACAAGUCAAAGAAAAACAAGAAGCACAAAAAGUUGAAAAAACACCACAAAGAGAAAGAAGGAAAGGGAAAGGACCGUGACGAGAAGAAGAGUCAAGAGAAGAGGAAGAAGAAGAAGAAAAAGAAAAAAGACGAGGAAAAAGAUAGGUCAAGGUCAGAGGAUAAGAAGCCAAUGUCAAAUGACAAGAAGCACAGGUCAAAGUCAAAUGACAGGAUGGCAAGGUCAGCUGAUAAGAAGGCAAGGUCAAAUGAAGAGGAAAGGUCGAGAAAGGAUGACAAGUCAAGGUCGCAGGAUGUGGAAAGGGCGAGAUCGGAUAUCAAAUCAAGGCCUAAGGAACAGGACAGGAAGGAGUCGAAUGUGGGUCGUGACCUUAGUCGUAAAAGGUCAAGGUCAGAUGACCGGAGGUCAAAGAGAGAUGUCAACAAUGCACACUUAAAUGAUUCCAAAUCUAAUGUAAAGCGAACAUCUGAGGAAUUUUCGAGACGGAAAUCUGGUGAAUUGAGGUUGACGUCAAAUGACCAGAGUUCAAGGUCAAAUGGCCAAGGGUCAAGGUCAAAUAACAACGUUUCAAGGUCAAACGAUCAGAGGCGAAGGUCGAAUGAUCGUGAUUUGAAAUCUAGUGACUUACGAUCAAGACCACGUGAUCGAAAACAAGGUAGAGAUGAUGUAAAAAAUGUGCCUGAUAGGAAAGAUUCUUGGAAAGAUAAUGAUCAGCGUCCAAAUAAUAGGUCAAGGUCGGGUGAUCGAAGGUCAAGGCUAAAUGAAAGGCCUAGAUCUGGUGACCGUAGGGAAAAAGUCAAUAAUGACCGUCCACGUUCUGGGGAAAGAUUACCCCUAGGAUCUGACAAAAGAUCUCAAGGGGUUAAAUCUUUUAGACAUGAUGAAAAGUCAAGGUCAUCAGCUCAAGCAAGGUCAGGGAACAGGUCAAGGUCAGCUGAAAAGGGACCAAAGUCCGAUGAAAAAUAUGGUGAAAAAAGCGCAAAUUUGCGAGAGAGGAAUGAGACUAAUCGUCGAAACAUUCGAAGGUCAAAAAGUCGUGAAAGGACUCGUGAUCGACGGAGGUCAAGGUCGCAUAGCCGUGACAAGCGUAGGUCAAGGUCGCGUAGCCGUGAUAGGUUGGACAGUAGUAGGUUUGGUGCAGAUGGCUCACGAAAGGGAAGGGAUUCUAAUAAGCUGAAGGAUAGGGACCCAAGCCCCCAAGGAAAGAAAGGUAUCUACUUUGCCGGUCGCCAAAACCGACGGCCACAAUAUGCACCAGGGAAGACGGGGUCUGUUCGUUCGGAAUUCCUGCCUGCGAAAAAUUUGAAGGUCGAUGCAAAGUACGUCGCGAAACCAACUAUGGUGGCUGCGCAGGAUGAUGAGGAAUUGUCGUCCGAUGAUGAUGUUAACGUUGUUAGGACGAGUAUCGAGGUGCGACGUAUUCCGGUACCUGCAAUGAUUCCGGAGAGGCUGAGUAAAAGUCUUCUGAAUCAGGGCCGGAGUUUGCCACCGCCGAACAAAACUGCUGAAAAAGACGCUAAACUGGUUGAAAAGGAUGGAGACUUUGAUACGGCUGAGGUCAACGUGUCGGUCGGUGACGAGGAAGAAAAUAGCAAAAGUUCAGACGCUAAAAUGACUGAAAAGCCUGAUGAUGUCACACGUUGUUUGGAUAUUAAAAUGCCGAAAACGCCCGAGUUGAAUGAAGGGGAAUUGGAUAUUAAAAUGCCGAGGACGCCGGAUAUUGCUCCGCCAGAUCUUAACGAGGAUGUGAGUGUAGAGAAUAUCGCCGAUUCGACGACCGAAAUUGAGCCAUUUCCAAUGGAAACGAAACCGGAAAUUGACGAUAAAGUUGAAAGUUUCAUGGCUGAAAUUGAUCAUGUUUUUGGUGCCCCAGUCCUACAAAAUCCAAAGUCGCUAACCGCUGAUGAUAUUAGUGAACGGAAAAUAAGCAGUAGUACUAAUAAAACUGAUUUCGUUGCGUCAAGAACACCGCCUAGUGGUAAAAAGCAGAAACGCAAACGCGACUCGAGUAGUAGUUCCGAUAGCGAUAGUGACUCUAGUUCUGGUUCAAGCAGCUCUUCUAGUAGCUCCACCUAUGCUAAGAAGAAGAAACGCAAUAAACCGGAAGUUACCAUCGGGAGCGAGAAGGUUCAGAAAUUUAUUAAGAAGUGGAGUCGAAAAGAAAGCUCGUCUAGUAGUAGUUCGAGUGGUAGUAGCAGUGAAAGUAGUUCCAGCGGUAGUUCUGGCUCCACCAGUGGAAGUAGUAGCGACAGUGAUUAGGUCCUUAAAGGGGAACUGGGUGAUUAGAUACUUAAAGGGGAAAUGGGUGAUCUGCUUUUGCAAAAGUAGGCGGUUUCGGUUGGGUUUUCCCGUUUCAAGUCGUCAAGACGGACGGGAAAAUGACUCGUGGAUCUUUUUAAGUCAUAGCGCUUUCCGACUUUGAUUUACAAGCACUUCGCAAAAUAUCUGAACCACAAAUGCUUGUCUGACUUCCGAGACUGACUCUGCGGUUUUUCCGCUAUCAUUCUUGGGAGAUUCUCCCCGGUAUCAUUUGCAUGCCAGUGCUAUGUUAUUUCAAUUAGGGAACCCGAGGACUUUCAUGAAAUGUCAAUCUUUUACCCCGGAUCUUCAAACUCUGUCACGACCUGUUUGUAUUUUCAAUGCCUUAGCCCUCUACUAGGGCGUAAUCAUAAGUGACUAUCGUAUAUUGUAUUUAUUAUCCACCUGGUGGUUUUGGUGAUUAUUUCAUUUUGGUAUGCUUUUAGAAUUUAUUGUUGAAUGUUAAACAUUUGAGCAUUGAGAUUGUUAAAAGUUGUGGAGGGUGUGGAAGGCAUAAAACUUGUUCAAAAAUAACUGGCAGGCCUUUUUCUGCUCAAAUUGUUCUGUUCCUGCAUCAUUUGAGGCUCCAGAGGGGGAACUACCACUCGGGCACAUUUUUGUAUUGGCUAUACAUCAGCAUUAGGAUGUCCACCUGUCCAUUCUAAAUAACAAAGCAUGUGCCCAAUGUACUUUUGUUCCUGUCUGUAUAGCACUGUCUGCUUGUGUCAUGCUAGUCCGCAACAAUGGAAUAUGUAAUUCUGCAUGUCUUUUUAAGAGGGACGAUCGGCAGAAGCUAGGGGGUCAAGGUUAUCAUCUGUAGGCCACUUAUGUGCUGAGUUUGACUUGAGGUGAAUCAUUCAGCUUAAAACCUAUUCAUCAUGCAAGCAUGAAUAGUUUCGAUUGCUGUUAGACUGAGAGACCCCUAUUGGCAACUUAAUGUAACUUAAUCUGACCAACGUGGCACUUGCUAAUAGACUCCCUUUGAAUCAUAUCCGCUGAAAUUUAGAGAAGAAAUUUACUGCUCUAUUUCGGCAGUUGUCAUCCCAUGAAUACGUUUAGGUCUCUCUGCUUGAAAUUCUGCAAUUUCUACUGCUCUGGAGGUGGUUUUUUUUUCAUUUUAAAUUGGUUAAAUAUCAAUUGCAUUUAUUAGUUAAUUUUGAAACAGAUUAUACACUUUAAACCAUUGCCAUCAUUACUCUUCACGAAUGUACAUUUGCAUGUAUUCAAGCAACAUUUCAUUUUCAUCACAGAAGUUGUCAAGUGAUUCUAUGAUCUGUCUCGAAUUCUGUAACAAAACAGAAAAUGGCCCUUUUUACAAAGUUACAAAUUAGAAAGUGAGGUUUGGCAGGUGUAACUUCAGGAUCUGUCUCAAAACUCCUUUCAUGUCUGACAACAGAGGUCUCCAUUACCUCUCUAUUAAAGACACCCUUUGGACUGACAAAUGCUAUCCUUAAUUGAGAGGUUUCCUGAUUACAGAGGUCAACUUCAGUGUAAACAAUGAAUUUGAGACCAAAUGCGUUAGCCUUUAUAGAGAGGUUGUCCUUGAUAGAGAGGUGUCCACUAAGGGAGGUCUGAGUGUAGUGGUAAUAUCCCUUUUAGGAGAGUGGUGGCCUAGUGGAUGAACGUCUUGAUUUGUGAUCAAGAGGUCAUGGGUUUGAAGCUCAGCCAGUGCCACUCCUGACUUUAACUGGCCUGAAAUGGCCAAGGUUGCACUCAACGCUUAAAAAGUCAAAUGACUGAAAAAACAAAUUAUGUAUUUAUAAUCAAUUCCCUCUCAUCUGUCAUGUAAGUACUUUGUUUAUGUUCUGUUGCAAAUCAUGGUCACAUUGUUAAUAUCUUUAGAAGGUGUUGUACAGUCCUGAAAUUUGACAACAAAUAAACACAUU